AUGUGUUUUGGUUUCUACGUUAAGCCACACCCCCCACGCCGGGAAAAAUACGGAAAGAACAACGACAAAUAUCUUCGCGACUAUGAUCGAUACCAGAAGGAAUACGAAAAGUACAUGGAUAAGGACAAUAGACGGAGACGUAUGGCGAAUUCCAACACCGGCGCCGUUGCAGGGACUUCGGCUGCUGUAUCUGGUGGGCCUUGA